AUGGCUGUCAAUGGUAAUAGUGUUCCGGCCAUAAAGGACAACACCAUUGGUCCAUGGAAACUUGGUGAAACCUUGGGUCUGGGAAGCACUGGUAAAGUCCAGCUAGCUCGUAACAAAUCAACAGGUCAGGAAGCCGCAGUUAAAGUGAUAUCCAAAGCAGUAUUCAAUGCAGGAAAUAUGAGUGGCACUUCCAUCGUUGGUUCUAUCACUCCAGACGCUUUACCUUAUGGUAUAGAACGUGAGAUAAUCAUCAUGAAGUUGUUAAAUCAUCCAAAUGUGCUACGUUUAUAUGACGUUUGGGAAACAAAUACAGAUUUGUACCUUGUAUUGGAAUACGCAGAAAAGGGAGAGUUGUUCAACCUCCUAGUUGAGAGAGGUCCGCUACCAGAAAAUGAAGCCAUUAGGUUUUUUAGACAAAUUAUUAUUGGUGUUUCAUACUGUCAUGCUCUCGGUAUUGUCCAUCGUGAUCUGAAACCAGAAAACCUACUAUUAGAUCAUAAAUAUAACAUAAAGAUUGCUGAUUUUGGGAUGGCGGCAUUAGAAACCGAAGGAAAAUUGCUAGAGACAUCGUGCGGGUCCCCUCACUAUGCUGCACCUGAAAUUGUAUCUGGUAUACCGUAUCAAGGUUUCGCCAGUGAUGUAUGGUCAUGUGGUGUGAUCCUAUUCGCUCUUCUUACUGGUCGGUUGCCUUUUGAUGAGGAAGAUGGGAAUAUAAGAACACUGUUGUUGAAAGUUCAGAAGGGUCAGUUCGAAUUACCUUCUGAUGAUGAGGUUUCACGUGAAGCUCAGGAUUUGAUUUGUAAGAUCUUAACAGUUGACCCUAAAAGAAGAAUCAAAGCAAGAGAUAUACUCAAACAUCCACUAUUGCAAAAAUACCCGAGUAUAAGAGAUUCCAAGAGUAUUAGAGGCUUGCCAAGAGAAGAUACAUACCUAACGCCAUUAUCAGAAAGCAAUUCUUCGAUUGAUGCCACCAUUCUGCAAAACUUAGUAAUAUUAUGGCAUGGAAGAGAUCCUGAUGGAAUCAAGGAGAAGUUAAAAGAGCCUGGCGCCAAUGCCGAAAAGACUUUAUAUGCGCUAUUGUAUAGAUUCAAAUGCGAUACUCAAAAGGAACUUAUCAGGCAACAGCAAAUUAAGAAAAGGCAGUCGAUUAGUAGUGUAUCUACUUCUUCUCCCAAUAAAAUAUCGACAACUCCACAACGCAGGAAAAAUAGGGAAUCUAUAAUUAGCGUGACGUCAUCUCGCAAAAAGCCAAUAUCCUUUAAUAAAUUCACCGCUUCCAGUGCUUCAUCCAGCAAUUUAACUACUCCUGGUUCUUCCAAACGUCUUUCCAAAAAUUUCUCGUCAAAGAAGAGAUUAUCUACAAUUGUUAAUCAGGCUUCCCCAACACCGGCAUCACGUAAUAAAAGAACUUCGAUUAUAAAUGUGGAUAAAAAUCAAAGGAGGGCCUCUGUCUUUUCCACUGCUAAGAGGAACAAAAAAACCUCCAGAUCCACAAAGAAGUUGUCAUUGAUACCUAGUAUGAAGCGCGAGUCAGUGACAACAAAACUAAUGUCAACAUAUGCCAAGUUGGCUGCGGAUGACGACUGGGAAUAUAUUGAAAAGGAAACAAAGAGAACGAGCUCUAAUUUUGCAACUCUUAUAGAUGAGAUUUUUGAAUAUGAGAAGUACGAAAAAAUAAGAAAAGAGAAGAAGGAGUUAGAGCUUAAGGUGAGAGAAGCUAAAGCACGUGAAGAGCUAGAACGUAGAAAGCGCAAGCAAGAAGAAAAAGAACACUCCAGGAAAGUUUUGGAAAAGGAAGAAUUGAAAAGAAAGCAGCAGGAACUUAAGAAGCAGAUUGAAAUUGAUAUAAGCGAUUUGGAACAUGAGUUGUCCAAACACAAAGAGGAAAAACCGGAUGGUAACAUUAGGUCGAUCUCUGCUCCUAUGGAGAGUGAAGAAAAAAAUAUCAAUCAUUUGGAAGUUGACAUCGAUAACAUUCUCCGCCGCCGCAAUUUUUCUUUACAAACUAGACCUGUGUCAAGACUUGAUCCUGGCAUAAUGUUUUCAAGUCCUGUUGAGAAGGAGAGUGCAGUGGAACCAAAGAGAACUGAAAACGAGAGACUCACAACAGAAAAGAAAAUUCUUGAAACUAUCAGGAGAUCCAAAUUUCUCGGUUCAUCAUUUAAUAUUGAAAAAGAAUUGAAAUUGUCCAAAAUGGAAUAUCCAAGUAUGGUUCCUCCGCAGAGAUUGUCCGAAGAGAGGAUAGUAUCAGAUCCGAGCGACGACUAUGGGUCUUUGGUUCUUCCAAAGGAUGCGAGGGGCUAUUCUCAAUUAGAGGAUCAUAUAGCACCAACUACGGGAGACCUUCUAUCCAAUGGUGAAUUAAGAAAAAUCUCUGAGGUUAGAGUACCGCAGUUUACCAGAAAAUCAAGGCAUUUUAGUGAAUCGAAUAAAAGGCUCUCCGUCUUAUCGAUGUACUCCUCAAAGGAAUCAUUCACCAAUUUGGUUGACAUCUUGAAAAACGGCAAUAUCGACGUUCAUAAACAACAAAGUCAAAGAAUUCCAACGCCAAAAAGUGCGGAUGAUUCAGAAUUUCUUUUUGAAACUGUCAAUGAAGAAGCUGAGUAUACCGGAAAUAGCUCGAACGACGAGAGAUUGUACGAUGUCGGCGAUUCUACAAUCAAAGACAAGAGUGCACUAAAACUAAACUUUGCUGAUCGUUUUAAUGCUUCUACCAACGAAAAGGAAACCGAAAAUUUGCAUCUUCCAACACUUCCACCCUUAAAUGGUGGCGAUGAAGUGAAUAAGCAGAAGGACGAAGACGUUCUUGGGAUACAGCCAAAGGUUAAGUCGAUGAUACCACAAUCAGACUCUUCGUCACAUACUGGAAAAGAGGAAGAAAAAGAGGAGAAAGGAGAAGAGGGACGAGAGGAUCAAGAAAAAGAUGCGAAAGGAGCAAAAGAUAUAGAACCCCCAUUGAAUAAAUCUGUUCAAAAGACAAGAGCAAACGAUAGUGGCCCGCAGGUAAAAAGUCAUCCGAGAGAGCCUAAGAAGGAUAGGAAUAUAAGUGGGAAUGGCUCAUUUUUCAGAAAAUUUUCAAAGUCCUCUACCUCGGACAAAUCAGUAGAACUAUAUGCUAAGGUUUCGGCAAAACAGCUAUUUAAUGGUUUGGAAAAACUUUUACGUGGUUGGACUCAGUAUGGAUUAAAAAAUAUCAAAUCACAUCCUAACAAUCUGACCUUAACAGGAAAACUAUCGAGCGAAAAUAUAUUUUCUUUACGUUCAACAUUGUUCGAAAUCAGCAUUUACCCAAGAGGUAAGAUGAGUGUUGUGCAGUUUAAAAAAGUUUCUGGUGCAUUCAAAGCUGUCAAGAAGCUGGUUAAUGAAGUUGAAAACGUCUUGAGUAAGGAAGGCGUUCUAGAAAAAUAG